AAAGACCAAAAUUCCAAUGACCAAUCCUGUCAUUUUGAUUUUAUGAUCAAAAUUGUAAUAGGAUUCUAAAUUCGUUGGAUGCGUUUAAUAAAACCUAAAAAAAUAGUUUAAAAGUUUAAUUUUCAGUGAAAAAGGUGGUAAGAUCUGCGUCUAUCUCAAACAUGGCCGAUCAGUAAUGAAACCGUGGUCAGUGUUAUUUUACUAAGUUCAAAGUUAUGCAGAAAAUGGAGCUGCGAGUUGGAAAUAAGUAUCGAUUGGGCCGUAAAAUUGGGUCUGGAUCCUUUGGAGACAUUUAUCUUGGCACAAACAUUGUAACCAGAGAGGAAGUAGCAAUAAAAUUAGAAUGUAUAAAGACAAGACAUCCACAGUUACACAUAGAGAGUAAAUUUUAUAAACUUAUGAGAGGAGGCAUUGGUAUUCCUGCAAUAAAAUGGUGUGGCUCAGAAGGAGAUUACAAUGUGAUGGUGAUGGAACUACUAGGCCCAUCUUUAGAAGAUCUAUUUAACUUUUGUUCACGCCGUUUCUCCCUGAAGACUGUUCUGCUACUUGCUGAUCAACUUAUUACUCGCAUAGAAGACAUCCACUAUAGGAAUUUUAUUCAUAGAGACAUCAAACCUGACAACUUUUUAAUGGGACUUGGUAAAAAGGGCAACUUAGUGUACAUAAUAGAUUUCGGCUUAGCGAAGAGAUACAAGGAUCCACGCACCAACCAACAUAUACCAUACAGAGAAAACAAAAACUUGACAGGAACGGCUAGAUACGCGUCGAUAAAUACCCAUCUCGGUAUAGAGCAGUCCCGGCGUGAUGACCUGGAAUCCCUGGGCUACGUUCUAAUGUACUUCAAUCGCGGCAGCCUUCCCUGGCAGGGUCUGAAGGCGGCCACUAAACGGCAGAAGUACGAGAGGAUAUCCGAAAAGAAGCUGUCUACGCCCUUUGACGAGCUUUGCAAAAAUCAUCCGGUGGAAUUUCAACUGUACUUGAAGUACUGUCGGCGGUUGCGGUUCGAAGAGAGACCGGAUUAUGGGCAUCUGCGACAACUCUUCCGUACAUUGUUCCAUCGGCAGGGAUUCACCUAUGAUUACGUCUUUGACUGGAAUAUGCUCAAAUUCGGUGCGCCAGGAGUUGGCAAUACUCGCGCUAACCAGCCUCCAAAAGGUCAUCGUGAUCAGAAACAAAAACAAGAAACAAGUGCGGCCGGCCCUGCCGCUCCGCAGCCGAGCACUACGGUCGCAGCGAUUUCAGAGUGGCGGUGAGGAAGCUCGCACAAAAGGCCGCGUAACACCUAGGCGCAAUCCUAUUAUCGGAUAACGAUCGGAACGCGAGAGUCGCUUGUUUUUCUUAUAAUACACGUUUAACGGUGCUAAUUCUGAUGUAUUCAUGAUCUAUUGAUUCCUACGUAACAUACAAAACAUUGGUACUAAUCAUGUUUUAGUGCAUUGCUUUUGUCGAACAUAGAUACCAGUUAUUUCAUCAGAAUUACCACUAAGUACAGCGAUUGCGACUAGUCGCAAAUGACGCGACCGCGACUUGUAUCCGUAAUUAGGAAGGGGCAACAUAUCACCACUGACGUCCCUCUGACAGAAUGUACGUUCAUAGAUUUUGUACUUGUAAAUUAUUGAAUUCAUAGGCUAAUGGCGCGCUGCCACGUAAUAUUGUACUUUAUGCUCAGUUAUAUUUAGAUGUUUUUUAUUUUAAGUUCGAAUGCAUUUAUUUUUUGAUGGCCUACGAUGUGUGUGCAAUAUGGCUAUUCGUCUUCCAUGUGUUAGCUUUGGAACUGAGUUGAGUUGAUAUUGAAUAAGUUUAAAAUACUGAAAUUUGACAAUUUUUUUUUGACAAUAUGACGUGAUAACAAUUGUUAGUACAAGGAAAGGACAUUUAAAAUUGAAAUACACAAAUCAUUUUUUUGUGAUUAUUUCUUACCAAGUUUGCUUGAAAUCACUUUACAGUUAGAGUUGACAAAGCAACUAACGCCUGUCUAAAAUUAUUUUACGAAAUUUGUCUUUAGUUGUUCAUAUAUUGUACAAUCUAAAUUGUUUGUUAAUUCAAUUUCAACUCAUACAAAGGCCUGCUUAAAUGAUCCAGCCACUGCCAUAGGUUAACGUAGAAAGGUUAAAUUUAACAUAGUUAAAAUUAUUGAUCUCUAGAAUUUCUCAACUCGUGAGUUCUGAAAGAUUAUACGAUUAAAUUGUGCGUUAUUUCUUAUGACCAUACAUACAAACAUCAAAAUUGCUACAAACCUUUUAUAGGCAUAACAGAUUUUACGUCCAUCAACCUUACAUUUAGUAUCAAGAGCUGUCAAUUUUUUUUGUAUGACGUCUGACAUUUGACUGCGCUCAAGUGACAUUGGUUUGAGAAUAUCGACCCUAGUCUGUGGCAUAUGUUUUUUUUUUAUAGAACAGGGGGCAAACGGGCAGAGGGCUCACCUGAUCAGCCAGACUGCGUUAACUAACUAAAGGCUUAACAUUUAUAUAAAAUUGUCAAGCUACGUAUGAUAUAGGAUUUGCAAUAAGUAUGUCUAAUAUAGCAUACAGUAGAGCAAUGAACCUGAUUAAAGAUUGAAGUUCAAAAAUUACUCCUUUUAAAAAAUCAAAUGAAUGAAUAAUUAAUUUCUUUUACAGUUUUUAGUUCUUUACUAUUUAUUUUAUGAUUUUUUUUCAAAAAUAUCAGCGAAUACAAAAAUAUAUAUAACAUCUGUUAUCAAUAUAUGAAGUGGAAAUGUGCAGAAAAGACAAUUAAAUUCUUCAAUUAGGGCCUAUUAGUCCAUCGUAGUUUUGUACAUAUUCGUGCAUUGAUUUAAGUUAAUAAUUAAUUUCUAAUGAUGGCUGGAUGUAUAUAUUAGGUAAUUUCUUUCACAAUUAUUCAUCUUUUGUACCGAAUUAUUUGUUAAGUAGUACCUAUACAUCUUAUAUGACUGAGAAUCGAGUUCAAUUAUGUAAAUAAUUAGUGUUUUGUUACAAUGAGGUUGGCAUAGGAUUAAUCCUCGUAUAUUCCAUAAGGAUUUAGUUAUAACAAUGAUAUUUACAUAGAUUCAACAUCGAAAUAACUGAUAAUGUAGGUUUUGGGAAAUUCUGUUCUAAAUUCUUGUUUUAAUACUCCGCACUUAAUAUUAAAUUGUAAUAAUGGAAUCGAUAACAUUAAAUUUAUUUAACAAAAUCCGUUCCAAAACGUUUCCUUCGUGUGCCAAUUUAAACAGUAUUGGCGGUAACUGAUUAACUACCUAUGUAUAGCCUUUUAUAUCCAAAUGUAUGUUAAUGAUAUUGUUUUACUAAAUUACACUAAGCAUUGUUUAUACUUUAGCUAUGAUAAGUAAAACUUGAGUGAUUUCUUAUUAGGAUUGUUCUCUAAAGCGACAAAUCUCUGAAUGCCUAAUCAGAGUAACGGAUGACUAUUGAUGGGUACGUGUACGUGGAGGCGUAUACGUAUUACGAGCGUACGUACAAGUCAAGGUGUACAUUGAAGCUUGGAAAGAAAUUGUAUGGCUUGACACUUGAAUGCUCUAAGCGUCAAGUUUGUUGACACCUGCGCAUACACACCGAAAACAUUUAAUUAUGUUGUUUCGACUUGCAAUCGACGGUCAUUUGUAUAAUACUAAUGCAAAUUUGUCACCACGUUUUAGAAGCAUUCAAAGUAUUUAUGUGAUUGACAUGCAUUAGUUUUGCAAAAUAUUAAUACAAAUGACCGAUGAAGAUCAAUUGGCAAUAAUACUUUUUCAAAAAAAUUAAUUAGUCCAAAUUGGAUUUAUUAAACGGUUAUUGUAAUGUGACUUGCUUCACGUGUUUAAAUAUUACGGUCAAUAUAUCUCUAAUGAGAUUCUUUGCACAGUGAGUUUUACUAACAAUCUACACGUCGAAUGUAACAGCUACAGAAAUAUAGCUGACUUAGGGUUGGACCACAUCUGGCAGCACGGAAUCGCCUUUUUAUGUCGCCCUUUCUCUUUCUGUCGCCCUUUCUCUUUCUGUCGCUUUGAACUGCCAUUUGCUAGACGGAGACAGAAAGCAUAAUGCGAUAGCACGCGGCGGAAUCCUCGAGGCGAUCGGCAUCACGGACAAAAUGCAAUGGUCGGCAGGGAGACUUCGGAACGCUGAAGCGCGCGAUAGCAUGCUGUCUCACUCUAUCGUACAAUGGCGCACGCGGCCGCUCGUCAGCUCACUGUAACCUGUUCAUUCAUGCCGUACAAUGGGCCACCUAUGCUGCAGCAUGCUGACGCGCGCGAUGCCUUUUUGUCUGCGGAAUGCGACAGCGCGGCACGUGGCACAGGCGGAACAAAUGCGAUUCCUUGCUGCCAGAUGUGGUCCAACCCUAAAUUAACUUGGAUCGUUCAGACGGCACACCUUUGAGCGACGCGUUCGGCGUCCUCGAUCCGAACAUCUCAAGAUUCCGACUAGCUUUGAACACUAUCGAAUGUCGAGAAACUAUGAUUUGACAGUUCAAAUGUAGUUAAAGUUUGAGUCCGUUUAAAAUGCGGAUCGAAUUUCGUGUUCAUAUGGGAACGCUUGCGAGACAUGAAAGCUUUUUAAAAUGUCCGCUAACUAAUUAAAGACUAAAUUUAACUGUAUAUAAUAAUGGUAAGAUAGUUAAGCCAAAACACUGUUUUUUAUAAUCCUAGGUAAUUUUAAUAACUGUUGUAGUGAUAAAGUCAUUAUUUGACAUAUUUUUAUUGCAUAUUCAUUUUCUGUAGCCGAUCUAUGUGUGAAGCAUAAUAUCUUAAACUUGUCUUAUGUAUUUCAAAUAAAAUAUUUUCAGAUAUCCUAUAUGAAAACCUAUCGAAGUAGAUGUUAAUAAUAGAAGCUUCGUAAACUAUUUUCGGUUGUUGUUGCUUUUCAAAGUCGAUUUCUUUUUUAUUUUCAUCUUAGAAUUAAUGUGCUAAGCUUUGAUGUGAAUUUUGAUAGGGAUAAAGCAUUUCUAAAUAGUUUUCAUAAUGAUAAAUUAUAGGCCCGUGAGGUUCGGUUGCAUUUUGUUGAGGGGUUGUCAGCUUAGCAUAUUAUUAUGCUUUCGAUAUUAAAAUCUAUUAUUAUGCUUGCAUUGUUUUCAACGUCCAGUAUGUAUUGAUUCCUUUAGCACAAUAAAGUGGAUAAAAGAA